AUGGAGCAAACGAGGAAGGUGAUGAGAGGUGUUCUUAAGAACACCAAGAAUCCAAAAUUGGCAUGGCAAUUGGUGAAGCGCGUUCUAUCUUCCCCUUCCUCUUCCUCUGCCCCUUCCACUUCCAUCACGAAUCACACUCAGCACCUUGUCACCAUCACAACACGCAUCCUCGCCGCCGCCAACAUGCACCUUGAACUCCACGACCUCCACAAACUCCUCCUAGCCUCUCAGCCGCACCACAUUGCGCACCCUUCCAUCGUUUCCAUGGUCCGAGUCCUCGCCCAAUGGGGCCACGUCGAUGAGGCCCUUACACACUUCAAAUCCUUCAGAGCCCAAUUUCCCUCAUCGCCUCCCUCCCUCCCUUUCUACAACCUCCUCCUCCGCUCCACCCUCCAACACAACCGCCCCAACCUCGUCACGUGGCUGUACACCGACAUGAUCGCCGCACGUGUUACCCCUCAGACCUACACCUUCAACCUCCUCAUCCAGUCCCUCUGCGACUCUCGGGCCUUCGACCACGCCUUCCAACUGUUCGACAAAAUGUCCCAAAAAGGGUGCCAACCUAACGAGUACACUCUCGGGAUUCUGGUUCGUGGAUUGUGCCGCGCUGGCCACGUUAAACAAGCCAUGGAGCUCGUUAACAAUAGUUAUAGCAAGAGCAAUGACAAUAACAAUUCGUGUCGUGUUGCAAACAGGGUUGUGUACAAUACUCUUGUUUCUGCAUUUUGUAGAGAGGAGAAGAAUGAUGAAGCUGAGAUACUUGUUGAGAGGAUGAGCGAGCAAGGGGUGUUGCCUGAUGUUGUUACUUUUAAUUCUAGGAUUUCGGCGCUUUGUAGAGCUGGGAAGGUUCUUGAGGCAUCGAGGAUUUUCAGAGAUAUGCAGAUGGAUGAGGAAUUGGGACUUCCUAGACCAAAUGUUGUAACUUUUAAUUUGAUGCUUAAGGGGUUCUGUAAGCAUGGGAUGAUGGAGGAUGCAAGGGGUUUGGUUGACACCAUGAAGAAAGCUGGGCAUUUUGUCUCUUUGGAAAGUUAUAACGUAUGGUUGUUGGGUUUAGUCAGAAAUGGGGAGCUAUUGGAGGCUCGGUUAGUUCUUGAUGAAAUGGCAGCAAAAGGCAUUGUACCUAAUAUUUACACGUAUAACAUUAUGGUGGAUGGCUUAUGCAGGAACCAUAUGCUCUCAGAUGCAAGAGGGUUGAUGGAUGUGAUGAUAAGCAAUGGGGUUUACCCGGAUACCGUUACCUAUACCACACUCCUGCAUGGAUACUGCAGUAAAGGGAAGGUUUUUGAAGCUAAACAUGUUCUUCAUGAAAUGAUAAGGAAUGGUUGUCAGCCUAAUACUUACACUUGCAACACAUUGCUGCAUAGCCUGUGGAAAGAGGGGAGAACGCUAGAGGCAGAGGAAAUGCUGCAAAAAAUGAAUGAAAAAUGCUAUCAACCGGAUACCGUGACCUGCAAUAUUGUGGUCCAUGGUCUCUCUAGAAACGGAGAAUUGGACAAGGCAAUGGAAAUUGUAAGUGAGAUGUGGACUAAUGGACCAACAUCCCUUGAUAAAGGAAACUCAUUUGCCACUCUAAUUAAUUCAAUCAGUAAUGUAUCAAACUGCUUGCCUGAUGGAAUCACAUACACAACUUUAAUCAAUGGACUUUGCAAAGUUGGGAGGCUAGAGGAAGCCAAGAAAAAGUUUAUUGAGAUGUUGGCAAAAAGCUUGCACCCUGAUUCUGUUACUUAUGAUACAUUCAUAUGGAGUUUCUGUAGAGAAGGGAAGAUAUCAUCGGCCUUCCGUGUCUUGAAGGAUAUGGAGAGAAACGGUUGUAGCAAGACUCUUCAAACUUAUAAUGCAUUGAUCCUGGGUUUAGGAAAUAAAAAGCAAAUAUUUGAAAUAUAUGGAUUGAUGGAUGAGAUGAGAGAAAAAGGGAUAAGUCCAGAUAUUUGUACGUAUAAUAAUAUAAUCAGUUGCCUCUGUGAAGUAGGAAAAACAAAUGAUGCCAUUUCUCUUUUACAUGAAAUGUUGGAUAAGGGCAUAUCUCCUAAUAUAUCUUCCUUCAAAAUAUUAAUUAAAGCCUUCUGCAAGUCUAGUGAUUUUAAAAUAGCUUGUGAACUAUUUGAGGUAGCUUUGAAUAUAUGUGGCCACAAAGAAGCCUUGUACAGUUUGUUGUUCAAUGAAUUACUUGCUGGAGGACAACUGUCAGAAGCAAAGGAGCUAUUUGAAGCUUCGUUAGAUAGAUAUCUCACAUUGAAGAAUUUCAUGUACAAAGAUUUGAUCGAAAGACUUUGCCAGGAUGAAAGGUUAGCGGAUGCUAGUAGCCUUCUUCAUAAAUUGAUUGAUAAGGGAUAUGGCUUCGAUCAUGCAUCAUUCAUGCCAGUGAUUGAUGGCUUAAGUAAAAGAGGAAACAAACAGCAAGCGGAUGAACUAGGAAAGAGGAUGAUGGAAUUGGCAUUAGAAGAUAGACCUGUCGAUAGGACUUAUCAAAACAGAAACAGAGUCAUUCCUGGAAAACUACAGAACGAUGGAAGAAGUGACUGGAAGGACAUAGUUAACAGGGAUGGUGGGAGUGGAAUUGCACUGAAAACUCUUAAGCGUGUGCAGAAAGGCUGGGGUCAUGGAAGUAUAUCUAGCUUGCAGUCUCAGCCAAAUGAUUUUCUUGAUUACUAUGGUGGUAGUGGUUAA